CCAAGAUACAUUCUGAUGAUAAGCAAAAUGUUUCACAUUGUAAUUCCCAUCACCCUGGUAACAUCUGUUGUUGCUGCAUCAUUUCACACAGAUCUGGACCAACAGUGGACAAAUUUUAAAAGUGUUUACAAAAAACAGUACGAUGUAAAAGAAGAGGGCGUACGACGCCUCGUCUUCGAAGAGAACGUGGCUCGUAUUGCAAAACACAAUCUUGAGGCAGAUCUCGGAAUCCAGGCUUACCAACUGGGACUAAAUAUCUAUGCUGAUCUGACUAGUGAGGAGUUUGUGAAGCAAAUCGUCGGAUUCAGGAGGUUCAACCAAACCAGGAAGAUCAAGGAUGCCUUCAUUUCUCCCCGAAACGUCAUGAUUCCUGAUGAGGUCGACUGGAGAGACAAAAAAGUGGUGACUGAAGUUAAGGACCAGGGAUCCGAAUAUUACAGCUGGACUUUCUCUGUUACUGGAUCAGUCGAGGGACAACAUGCACUGAAGACCGGAAAGUUAGUCUCCUUGAGUGAGGAACAUUUACAGGACUGCUGCCCAAACUGCACCAUUUUCUAUGACGAAAGUCUAAUUGAUUGUGGAUUCCAAUGCAUCAUCGAUAACAAGGGGAUUGACAGGGAAGGCUGCUUUAUGUGCAAAAAGCUGUACAAUGGGCUAUCUGAACUCCGGAUUGUCGCAGUCGGUGGAAUCUACAAUGACUCAUCUUGCAGUAGUUCAAUCCUGAACCACGAAAUGCUGAUCGUUGGUUACGGUGUAGAGAAUGGCAAGGACUACUGGCUGGUGAAGAACAGCUGGGGCAAAAGUUGGGGUGAGGAAGGAUACAUCAAGAUGAGUAGAAACAUGAACAACCAGUGUGGUAUCGCUACGCUGGCUAGCUAUCCUACUGUUUAAAGUCUUUGGGGUUUAGAUUAAGUAACCAAUGUGACAAAUUAAAUCAAUAUUCCGUGAAAAUUGAAAGUAAAGCAUGAAAACAAAAUAAUUUUAUUAGAAGACAUAUGUGGUGUUAGAUAAAUUUGAUGUAUAAAACUGAUGUUGCAAUAAGUAGCAUACAUAAUAUCAUAAAUAAUACUCAAAAUCUCAUGAUUUUUCUAGACAUUUUAGAUUAGUUCCGGUCUCUGUUGAGACGAUUCAUUACUAAGGAUUUUGUUAUAGAAGCUUUAGAAAUGUCAUAUUCCCUCGAAUUUUAAUAACAUUUAACAUGAUCAUUAUAUCACUCACAUAUGAAAGUUAAUAAAACUUAGUUCUUUGAGUAAACAAAUUCUCAUAAAAUGGUUAAGUUGCUCAAAAUAUACGUGUUAAAAGUAAUUAUUAAGACAACGUUUAGUUUUGAUGCAUGAACUUGUUAACAGUGUUGAAACAUGAUUGAAGCAAUAUACAGUAGAAUGUUAUCAACUGACACAGAAACAUAGAAAAAUACAGUUGGUCAACUGAUUCUUGUUAAAAAUGUGAAAAAGAAUAUUUAAGUUUUUCCAGUACUGUUAAAUGUUUCUGUUUUUCUUAUUUUAAAACUUAUCUUUUCAGCAGUAUUUGAAACACAUUUCUGGAUUAUACAUAAUAAAUGUUACUUAUUCGUUUCCUA